AUGCAUAAACCUCGGCAACGAUUGCCGCUUUUGGAAGACAGGAAUUCAGGGUAUCCAUGUAGCACACCCACCCUUCUAGAUGAGUGUGAAAUUGAUGAAAAAACGCGCGAGGUGCUUCUGCAGAACAUACGUCAUCGUCUCACUCCUCAGGCAAUGAAAAUCCGUGCUAACUUUGAGGUUUCGUGUUUCACGUACGAGGGUAUCGAUGCAGUUCGGCGAGCAUUGAAAGCCGGUUUGGAGCUUACGACAGAAGAACUUCCGAUCCGUAUCAAUUUGAUUGCACCUCCGCUUUAUGUGUUAACUGCACAAACUAUGGAAUGGAGCGAUGGUGUGGAACAUCUGAAUCGUGUGCUGGACACGAUCAAACAGUCAAUUGAAAGUCAAGGUGGUACAUUCAAAAUUGAGCAAGCGAAGGGAUUGCGAGGCCGUCACCAUACCUCAGUAUUGAUUUCCGUUUAUGAUGAAAUGUGA